AUGUUGGCCCUUCGCCACGUCUGGAUCAUUGUAACCGACGUUGCAAAUUCACUUUUUGGUUCGCCCUUCCUCCGGGAUGGACCUCAAUACCCCAUAGGAGCCAAGUUUGGCUGGUCUCCCACCGACCUACAGACAGCCAAUGCCAAACAUGGACACCCCAUCUUCACACCUCCUGGCAGCAAUAUUGAGAAGUUUGUCUGCGACUAUAGCCAGAUGAAGGGCUUCAAGUCGUGCGGCACUGCAAACGACCGGAGCUGUUGGCUCCGCAAUUCGGAUACCGGCGAAGAGUACAACAUUUCUACCAACUAUGAGGACAAGAUGCCGCAAGGCAUCAACCGCGUCUAUUAUCUUAAUGUCACUGAUGGAUAUAUUAAUGCGAACGGUCUGGAUUUCAACGAAGCAAAAAUUUUCAACAACAGUUGGCCUGGGCCUCUCAUUGAGGCCUGCUGGGGAGAUACCGUCGAAAUCCACGUCCAGAAUUUCCUGGCCAACAACGGAACCAGCAUCCACUGGCAUGGAAUCAGGCAAUAUAAGACAAUGCACAUGGAUGGUGUUAACGGCAUUACACAGUGCCCUAUUGCCCCCGAGUCUAGCUUCGUUUACAAGUGGAACGCCACACAGUACGGCACAUCGUGGUAUCACAGUCACUACUCGGUACAAUACGCCGAUGGACUACAAGCUCCCAUAACAAUCCACGGGCCAACAUCCUUCCCGUAUGACGAGGCUAUCGAGCCAAUCUCCAUCACUGAUUGGGCGAACAACAGUGCGUUUCAAAAUCUCUACAUAAGUGCAGAUCAACAAGACAUUCUCCUGGGUGGUUUCGGGAACAUUACGCGAUUUACCAAGGGGGAGACCGAGAACACAACAGACAUUCCCCGUGGCUAUGAGAUUUGGUUCGAUGACAUCGAGCCCAACCCCGUCACAAGGGCGAAGCGCUACCUACUACGUCUCGUCAAUACUGCCUUUGACAGCACCUUUAUCUUCUCCAUUGACAACCACAACUUCACAGUCGUCGAGGCGGACUUUGUUCCCAUUGAACCAUUCAACGCAACCUCUAUCCUCAUCGCAAUUGGGCAGAGGUACCACAUCAUUGUUGAAGCAAGACCGGUGGUCAAUAGCUCGAACCCCGAUGCCAAUCCUCUGCCAGAGGACGGCAACUUCUGGAUUCGUACCCAGGUCCCAAUGCGAAACCAUACAAUUGCAGACUACAUCAAGGACAAGGAGAAUUACAUGAAGACUGGCAUUCUUCGUUAUGACAAUACCAGCACAGCAGACCCCACCACCACCGGUUGGAAUAUCAGCCACGCUUUUUCAGAUACAGCUUUCAACGAUCUCCUCAAGCCCGUUGUUCCUUGGUCGGUUGGACCGCCCUCAAAUGGCCAUGUGGGGGAGCAAUUCAACAUCGCGGACCUGGCGAACCAGCAAGACUCAAGUGGACCAUACGCGACGGCCUUUUUCUCCUUUGAGCGUCCGGACAGCGAGGAGAUGCGACCCUUCCAGACCAGCUACGGCAACCCUACGUUCUUGAACCUUGACAAUGUCGGAGACGAGUGGCCGACCGGAUGGGUGGUCGUUCCCGAAAACUAUACCGAAGAAGACUGGGUAUACCUGGUUCUAAAUUCCGACGACCGCAGCCAUCACAGAACAUUUGGCCCUCACCCCAUCCAUCUUCAUGGUCAUGACUUUGCUAUCGUCCAGCAAGAGGAUGAAAAGCCUUGGGAUCCAAAAGAUUUCAAGCCUAAUAGGAAGAAUCCUCCCCGUCGGGACGUGGUACUCCUCCCCGAGAAGGGCUACGCCGUCAUCGCCUUCAAGUCGGAUAACCCCGGCGUGUGGCUGAUGCACUGCCACAUUGCCAACCACGCCUCCGCUGGUCUGUCCUUACAGAUCAUGGAGCGACAAGCCGCGGCCAACAAGAUCUGGCCGGCCGGAGAUUCUAACGCCCUCGAUAAGGCCCAUGGUCUCUGUGCAAGCUGGAACACCUGGGCGUAUGACUGCAAAAACUACUGGCCUGGCAACUUGGGAACCCCCGAGAAUCCUGACUAUCCCGCCUGCGCCAAUGCCACUAAUCUCCAGAACGAUUCUGGAGUCUAG